UUGCAACAUCGUAGCAAAAAGCCCGAGUCCUCGCUGCACUGCAGGUCAAGUCGACUGCGAUCGCGGGUUUCUCUUGGUGGUUUUAACUUGGACCGAUAACUUUGGAAUACAUAGCAACCAAAUAAGGGAAUGCGUUGUUUUUUAACAAGCUCUGUAGAUGCUGAGCGCUGUGCGUGAUAUAUGAAGGUCUCAGAACAACAGAUGGAGUCAAGGGUUCCACAGCACAUCCCUGGAGUCUCCUCUUCCAUUAUGGUACAACCUUUGCUGGACAGCAGAGUCCCCUACGGGAGGCUACAGCAUCCUUUGACCAUUUUCCCUAUCGACCAAAUGAAGGCGACGCACAUUAAGAACGAUUACAUCGACAGCCCGGCAGUGGUGGUGGAGCAGCCGACGAGUCAAAAGGGCCUGAGGGGGACCCAUGAGUCUCUGCUGGUGGUCCACCAGCAGCAGCAGCAGCAUCACCACCACCACCACCACCACCACCACCACCACCACCAGAGGUGCGAUCCCCACGACAUCACUCACCCCUGGAUCUCCUUCGGCGGGCGCCCCAGCUCGGUCAGCAGCAGCAGCAGCACCUCGUCGGACCAGAGGCUGCUGGACCACGCCGCCCCGCCCCCCGUGGCGGACCACGCCGCCCCGCCCAGGUCUGUGAACGCUCAGCCCAAGUCUCUGGCCCCCCAGCCUCUGGACCUCAAGGCCCCUGCCCCGCCGGAGGCCGCGAAAAAGCAUGCGCCCCUGUGCGAGGACUGUGGGAAGUGUAAGUGCACGGAAUGCACCUUGCCCAGAACCCUGCCCUCCUGCUGGGUCUGCAACCAGGAGUACCUGUGCUCCGCUCAGAACCUCGUGGACUCGGCCACGUGCAUGUGCCUUGUCAAGGGAAUAUUUUACCACUGCACCAACGACGACGACGACGAGGGCUCCUGCGCGGACCGGCCCUGCUCCUGCUCCCACUCCAACUGCUGUGCCCGCUGGUCCUUCAUGGGGGCCUUGUCCCUGGUCCUGCCAUGCUUGGCGUGUUACCUGCCAGCCGUGGGCUGCGCCAAACUCUCGCAGAAGUGCUACGACAGUGCCAGCCGGCCCGGCUGCCGCUGCAAACCCCCCGCGCUGGCCUGCAAGGCGGCCAAGGUGAAAGCCAGCAGCGGACAGGGGAAUCCCUCCUGAUGGAGCCCGGUGCCCUGUCCGGUGUGUUCGGCAUCGGAGAAUCCCUCACGCUUCCGCCUCUAUAAAGACUUGUCUCCUUCCGCUGGAUGGUAGCAAAUAUGGUACUUAAAGGGUUAAACUGUACGUUCUUAUUAUGCUAGAAGAUUUAAAAAAAAAACCUUCAAGAGCUGUUGGCUUUAAAGGCCUACUUAAACGUACGUCUUUAACGUGUUACAAAGACCAACGCAAAAAAAAAAAAGCGAAAGGCACAAGUUAUGUUUUUGAACACUUUCUGCAUUUUUCAACUAUUUAUUACCCAUCAACAUGAGACCCGUCUCUGUAGCUUAAGGAUAUGAUAUAUUAGUAUGUUUUAAAUAAGCCUGCAAAGUAACAAACCCACAGUAGCUGAAAAGAAGCCAGACUGUCUCGAUUGAAAUGGGGAGGGGGUUGGGGGUUGCACCUGCUGCCUGCAAGACUGUCCCGGAAUUUGAUUUAAAAACUUUGCUGGACUGCCCUCCUGCAGGUUCCCCAAGCAAACGCAGAAUUAACAAAAGUCUUUGCUGGUGUGAAUUGUGUGUGAUUAGAAGUACUCAACACUGCCCGCAUCUCCUCUUUAUGACAAUCUCUAUAUAAUUUUAGAUUGCCGACUCUGUAGAAACGCAAUCUGUCCAGAGACCAAUGUACCUGUCUUAUGCAUCAGCUGUAGGGUCCUGUGUAUUUAUAAGCUUGUGAUAGAUAAUAAAAGGAAGAAUCUAAUGGGAGACUAUUGUGCGUCAUGAUAAAUAAAGCGCAUAUGUUAUAGGGAGAUAAAUGCAGCUCAUAACGGAGAGACAGGAGUCAGUUGAGUUUGAAAGAGUCCUUAUUUUGGAGUAUGGAGUCCUUCUGAAAACCUUCACAGAUAAAUUGCCUUUGUUGAUUUCCCCUUAAGCCUAAACUUGUCAUAAAGUGGAAA